AUGGCAGCUGAAAUGAAGGCCUCGAUCCACCGUUUCCGCCUCCGCAGGCUGUCACCGUCUCCUGGGGCCGUCGGUCGGGCCCGAUCCGCUUCACCUCCAGUGUCUGCUGAUCAACGAGAAGCGCAAGCCCGUGGACAGUAUUAUACUUCUACUACUCAACAAGCAUCUGGCACUCGCACCUCAGGUGCAAAAACCACACCGCCAGCCUGUGAUCGAUGCCGCAGCUUUAAAAAGAAGUGUAGCCGUACCUUUCCUGUCUGCUCUCUUUGCGCCACUGCUGGUCAGCGGUGCUCGUAUACCAGCCCGACAGCCAACGCUGAGGCUCAGAUACACCAGUUGCGCUCUCGGGUAGAAUGGUUGAGCCAGUAUAUCGAUCAAAAUCUCCUGUCGCCGGGUCCACAGGGUAGGUUAGACGGGAUAGAGACAGGAGCUGAUUUGGUGAGUAUACUUGGUCGAGGGUCACAGAACGGUAUAGGGGCCAUCACAAAUCCAGAGAGCACAUCGCCUUAUAUUUCACGAGUAUUGGGCCCAAACACUCCUCCGCUAGAUGCAACUGCUGCCCUACCUCUACUACGCAGGCAUGAUGAAGCGCUGGCAGGACAGCAAAAUACUGAAAUACGUGUGGAAGAAAGGGAUCCGGGCAGUGUGCGAACCGCUAGUAGCCACUUCUCACCUUAUCAGGGGUCAACCGAGGGAUCAACCACGAGACGAAGGUUGAUCGCUCGGCAGGCUUUGCCUCCUGAUAUUGCACCGUGUCGCUUCGUCGAUGCCUUCUUCCGCCAUGUGAACAGAGCGUAUCCUUUUGUCGACCAGGCGAGAAUACGGCGAGAUCUUGAGACUCUAGGGGAUGCGUCUCCUGCGUAUCUAGAUCCGCCCAUGACAUUGCUGUAUCUCGUCAUGGCGAUUGGAUGCACGUCGCUCGUGCGGGCCGGGCAGAUCCCAAGCGACACAGCACGACAGUUUGAUGUAGUUUAUCCAGACGUCAUUCAAGAGUGCCUCUGCAGUGAGAGUAUUGAGUCGGUGCAGAUCCUUGUUCUGUUGGGAUUGUACUCCCUUUUUGAUCCGGCUGCAAUCUCUGCAUACUUCAUUGUUGGCAUCGCAGCACGACAGGCCAUGGUUAUCGGCCUUACUCGUCCGGACGAGAUGCCACGUACAGCAGUCGAGACUGAGCUCAGGCACCGGUUGUAUUGGAGCAUAUUUGUACUUGACCGCAUGAUGUCGGCGUCGCAGGGCCUUCCAGCAGCGUUGACGGACGAACAUGCUGAUGUUCCACUCCCGGGCCUCACGGUAGAAGAGUUUGCCGGUCCAGACAGGGCUACAUAUGCUCGCAAUCUGCAAACUAGUCGGCAUAUUAUUCAACUCAGACAACUAGAGUAUCGGAUCCUAAACACGGUACACUUUCAACGGAAUGCGGAAACCUCGCGCUUGGGUCCUGCAGACAGACGGGCAAUACUGAACAGCCUGCGGUCCGAAAUAGAAGAUUGGUAUAGCAACGGCUGCCUCAUGUCGCCGAUGGAAGCAGACAACCUACCCAUCCACAGUAGCGUCACCUGGAUGAGUGCACAGUAUUACCAUUUGCAUGUUUUUCUUUACUUCCCGAAUCACUUCAACAGUUCAGUCUCACCGCCAGCUGUUACUAGAAAAGAACAGCUUGAAUUUGCCAGCAAACAACUUCAAGCCAACUCGGCACUUCUUCAACAACGUCAGUUACCUUUGAACAGGGUCACGUUGAGUCGGCUACUGCCAGUGGGAUUGAUAUUGAUGUCUGGCUUUACAGCUGGUCAAGGGCGAACUCCCUUCGUAGCCCAGAACGACUUAAUUAUUCUUGUCACACUUCUCGAAGCGUUUCCACAAGGUUGGACGACGGCACGAGAGGCAGCCCAGAUACUGCAGCAAUUUGUGGAUAUUGUUACAGGACCAGGGGGCAUGGUUACAACGUUUUUUGGCACAGCAACUGGGGAGACGAUGGAAGAGUUGGUUAGGCCAUGUAUUGUCAGCUUCACGAAAUUACUGCACCAGUUCUUGGGUAAGGCGACAUGCUUUCAAUCGAUCGAGUAUUCUCAGGAGAUACAAGAUGUCGAUCGGAUGAGUCAAGUCGGCGUUGUAGCGCAGCAACAAUCAUCGGCUAAUGCAUUAUGGUUGGAUGGAGCGAAUCCAGAUGAUGCAGGCGUAAACGAGGAAUCGGUACUAGGAUAUGGAUGGGGCUCGUGGGAUCUUGAUUUCCUUUAG